AUGUCUGCUUACACUUCCGAGUACCCGUCCGUGGAGUUUGACGCAGCUUACAAAGCGUUCUUUGAGGAGUUCUACGCUACGUCAGACACACCCGAUGCGCAUGAGAAAUACAUAGAGUACUUUACCAAUGAUGCGACGUUGAUAAUGGCAUCAAAGAAAGUCAAAGGCUCAGAUGAGAUCCUUGCGCUGCGUAAAGCAAUGUGGGAGAAGGUUGCUAGCAGGAAGCACAGGGCCGUGAAGAUCUUCCCAUUUGGCCCCAAUGCUGAUGAAUGCAUGCUAUACGGUACUGUUCAGUAUGGACUAAAGGCCGGCGGUGAGUCUGGCCUUGACUGGGCCGCGCGUGCCCAUCUCGUGAAGGACAAUGGCAGAGUCAGGAUGGACUUCUAUCAAGUUUAUCUGGAUUCUGGUGCGCAAAGUAAAUAG